CCGAUUUUCAUUCAGAUGUGCUCUUUUCUAUUAACAAAAUUUAUCGCGCCAUCUAUCAGUGAUUUUAUCAAUCAUGUGAUGUUAAAAAAAAAUUUUUCGCCUAAAAAAUUUAACUCAAACAUGAAUGUAGGAAAUCAAAUACCAAAUCUUGAUAAAAUUUUACGCGAUGAUGAUGAAUCUGAUUUUUUUCCAGCAGCAGGCUCAAAUUUAGCUGCUAUUUUUGGAUUACAAGCUAAAACAUUAGAUAGUGGUUCUUCGACAAAACAAGUUUCUAAAAAAUUAAAUGCAUCACGUACUUUAACUCAAACAAUUUCAAAUAAAACAGAAGUUAUAAUAGCUAAAGCAGUUCAUGCAUUUAAAUUACAAAACGGAGCUUAUAUUUCAAUUGGAAAACUUGGAAUAGCUCUUACAGGAAAUUUUGCGUCGAAAUUAUAUCAAAUUAUUUUAUAUAAAAGCAAACAAGAACAUGUGUCAGUUGUUACCGUGACAUCUAACUUUUUAUAUAUUAUACAACCAAAUAAUUAUUCAAGUUAUUAUGAUAGCAAUAAUAAAAACUGGUCGAUUUUAUUUGAAAAUAAUGAUGUCUGUAUAGAAUUUGCUAAAGAAGUAGGAUUAGCUCGAUAUUUUUCAGAAAAUAAAAAAAUAGAAAAUGUACUUUAUCAGGAUUUAUCACCUGCUAAUAAAGAUAUAACGGCAAGAGAGGGGGAUAAUGUAUUUAUCAAAUAUUUCAUUGUAACAGAAAUAACACAACCCCUUAAAAACAUUCCUACAACAUUUCAAACAAUGACGGUAGAAAUAUCUAUGGAUGAUAAUUGGGAAAGAACUUUUUUAGAAAGUAAUAAAGGAUUAAAACGAAUUUUAUUUGUACCUCCCAAUAAACAGAUUAGUUUGGGACCUGGAUUUCCUAAAGAAAAAGAUAUUAUAUUAGAAGUAGAAGUAAUGGAUAUACAAUCACCUGCAGAAACUGUCCAUUCGCAUACAAUUACAAGCGGUAAAGCUUCUAUUAUAUCAAGAAUGGCUAAAAUGGGACAGUCUAUAUUACCAAAAAUUCCUACAUCUACCACUACAGAUUCUGAAGAUACUGAGGAUGAUGUAUCGAAUAAAUUUCAAAUUCAAAAGAAAAUAGAAUCGUCAGAAGAAGAAUUCCAAAAGAAACAUUCUCCAGUGGAAAAUUCACACAAGAAAUCAAAAUUAAAAACUGAAAUAUCGACGACGAAUGCUCCUUGUAAAUCUUUCGUUAAUUCAUCUGUAUUUACUUCUCCUCAAUGGUCUCCCACACAAAUACAACCAAAUAUUGUCACUUUGAAUGGUCAGAUAUAUUCAUUACAAUCACAAACUGUAACUUCAACAAUACCAACAAUAAUAGAUCCAGGGUUAAAUAUAUUAUUGUCUGAAACUAGAAUGACAAAUGCAGAACUCAGAAUGGGAAUGUCUAAAAUAGCUGAUAAUGUACAAAAAUUAUUGGAUAAGUUUCAUCAUUUUGAAAUUCAAAAUGCUACAACUCCUAUAAAAGAUAAAACGACUUUAGAUGCUACUUUGAAAAUGUUGUUAGCCAUGGAUACAUCUGGAGAAAAGAAUAGUCAAUUAUCUAAAAAUAUUGACAUGACUAGUGAUAGUUUUAUAGAGUUAAAUGAAAUAAAAGACAGAAUGAGCUUAUUGGAAAAAGAAUUAAAACAAGCAAAAGAACAAGUAAAAGAUCUUGAAGUUAAAAAAGAAUCUUUAAUAAAAGAUAAUGAAAACUUGCAUAAAAUUAUUAAAGAGUUAAAUGCAUCUCUAAAAGAUUCCGAUACUGCAUUUUGUAAUAUGAAAAAAAAUUUGGAAGAAACAAAAGAACUUAAUAGCAGAUAUCAAGAAGAAAUAACAAUAUUGGAAGAUAAAGUGCUUAAAUUUUCCGAACAAUGUAGUACUACUGAAAAAAUUACAGAUUCUAAAGAAUUAAAAGAAAAUGAUAAUAAGAACAAGGAAAUCAAACAAAUAAUGAAUAAAAUUUAUCACACUUUAUUGGAUAAAUUUGUAGAUGAGUCCUAUUCUGUAAAUUAUAUAAAAACAAUAAUAGCAAGUACAAUAAAGAAUGUUACAUUACAAGUUUUAAAUAAUACUGAUGAGAAUGAUAUGUGUGAUAUUAAAAUAGAAUUAUCUUCUUCUAAUAAUACAGAAACUAAUGAUCUAAAAAUAUGCAAUACAGAAUCACAAAUUUCUAAUUUUGGACAGGUAUCUUCUGUAUUGCAAAAUGAACCACCCCCUGUUCCCCCUAUAGAUAAUGAGUAUGAAAAUGAUUGGUUACAUUAAUAAUUUUUUUUCGUUACGAAAAAUUUUGAAACCAAAUAAAAAUUUAUUCAAUGAAAAUAAAAUUUAUAUAUAAUUUAUAAAAAUUUAUAAAUCUUCUAAAGAU